AUAAAUCCAUUCACAUGGAUGCCAUUAGAGUUGAUGAAUGGUGCCAUUUAUCCAAGACAGAUCCAGCCAUGGCAGUCCACUUUAAGGAAAGGAGCAAAGUUCAAUGGCUUUACGACGCCUGCAGCGUGGUUUUCUCCUCCGAGAAGAAAGGGUCUCCCGAGCCGCAAGCAGAUCGGAUGGCUACGAGGGAUCCUUGACAACAUCGAACCGGUCGACGUUGGAAUUGAUGGGUCAAGCGAUGGAAGAUCGCGGGUGGAUGAGUCGAGUAUAGUGAGUCGAGAUGGGUUGAUCGUAGGGCAGGUCUUGACGCAGAUUACGUAUGUACACAUCUAUGAAUCUGAUGAUUUUUCGAUGGGAGUGUUCUGCUUCCCAGCUGGAGCAAAACUACCGCUCCAUGAUCACCCAGGGAUGGUGGUCCUUAGCAAAGUAUUGUAUGGUUCAGCCUCGGUGAAGUCCUAUGAUUGGGUUGACACCCCGAGUUCACGACGAAGGGAGGGCGGGCUAGCAAAAGUUGUAGCGAAUGACCAGGUCCUAGAAGCUCCAUGCAAGGCAUCCGUGUUGUUCCCAAGACGCGGUGGAAACAUCCACUCCUUUACUGCCCUGACUCCUUGUGCUAUCUUGGAUGUCCUAGCUCCACCAUAUGCUGAGAAGCGAGGAAGGCCAUCCAACUACUACUCCGAGACACCCAUCCCUUCUCGUCCUGGACAUUUCAUACUUGAAAGAAGAGGUUUGCCUGAAGAUUUGGUUGUCGUUGGAGCUCGAUACCGCGGCCCUGAACUCAUCGUGGAUGCAGACUUUUAGUGACUUGACUAACUUUGUGUCAUCUUGCUUGUACAUCCCUUUUUUUUUUUCCUCUCUUUUGAGUAUAAAUACGGAAGAGUUUCAGAACUUAUCAUCAAAAAAAGAAAUGAAAAGAAGUGAUGAUAAGUUCAGAACUUCAAUAUCUGAGGGUAGUUCCCUUCAUUGUUUGGAGUUAAAUCUUUUCAUGUUCGACAGAAUGAUAGUUGCAUAUAAACUCAUUCAGCGAGCC